CUUUCUACGAAAUUGUGUAUUCGUCCAUUAUAUUGUUGUAAAUCUAUUUGAAAGCCAAGUAUUGUUAUUAGUUGUUUAUAGGUACACUAUGGCUAUUCUACCCUCCAAUUCUACCUCAUCUCCGCUAUCAUCAAGAAGAUUGUCUACUUCGUUCAUGAAUGCGUUAAACCAUGGCAUUCGAUCGUCAUCAUCUGAUUCUACUGCAGUCAACUCUCCAGCAAAUUCACCGCCUUCUCGUCGCUCUACUCGUCUUUUACAAAACUCCUCACUUGCCGGUCUUACUUCGCUUAAGCGAUCAUUUUCUUUAAAGACAGGCCAUGAGCCAUCCAGGAGUCAAAGUACAGACACUAUAGAUGGCAGCAAUAACAUCGGCUCUAAAAGCUUCAAUUUUAAUCAUUCAACUCGGCUUGUACUGCGGUCUAAUAAACGCGUAGGCGCAGUGACAGAUGCGCUGAAACACACCUCGUUUCUUGCCAGUCUUCCCAACGAGCUGCUUCUAGUUGCAUUUGAAUUUUGUUCCACCGCAUCACUGUUAAAUGCAAGACUUUCCACAAGCAGGUUUUGCGCACUAGCCAACGUUGUCCUGUCGCAUAGAUUCAAGAACCCUGUAAUGUUGCUUGCACUCACAAGUGAUACUUUGGCUUCUACACAUCGCUCAUUACUGGCGAUAAAACGCCCUCAAAUUAUACACUAUAACCAAUUUCUUGCUUCCUCAUCUACAACAGAAAUCACUGAAGUGGCUUGGUAUGCGUCGCCACCAGCAGAACUUCAAACGGUUUGCGAGUGUCUAUGUAUUUUGCGCGGAGUAGUUCCUCCUCCAGCAGAUAAUGAAAUAGCAUUUGGACCUGGCCGGGUUCGUGCACCUUGGUCUGUCCUUCGUCGCAUCAUGUCGCGCUACGAUUUCAAGACAUGGCUUGUGAAUCUCAAAGACAAUUACACUUCAAUUUCAAUUACGGAUAUUCGUCGUGUUGAAGACAUUAUUCGCAUGGAUGCACUCAUUACCUAUGAGCGAUUGCGAGAAGUUUCUAUGGCUGGAUACAGAUUGCUUAUUAUUGUUGCUGCUGUAUUGCAGUCUGGGAUUAUCAAUGGAGAAAUUGAAGCAAGUCAAAAAGAGCUACAGAUUUUUGAGCGCAAAUACGAACUUACUCGCAAGUUUUUGGCUGCUGUGAAUGGUAAACAUCUGCUUCCCACAUUACCGUCAGGAAACUAUACUAGCAAAAAAAUACAACUGGCUUGAUCUAUUUUUAAAAACAUUAUUGGUAAUUUCAUUAAAGCGGUUUAUUCAAACCUGACAUUUGAAUGUUAGUUCAAGCAUAUCUAUUGCAACAAUAAAAACAGCUGUUUCGUUUGAUGU